AUGGAAAAAAUCGAGGCUCCUCAAUACGUCGAGGGCAAUAUCGAACAGGGGAAAAUCGACAAGUCUCUUCAACAGACCAAUAAUGGAGACUUUGAUCAUAGCCGCAGCAAACUCUUAAACCGACGCCUCGACAUCCGGAUACUUCCGAUAUGUUGUUGGUUAUAUCUACUCAACUUCCUAGAUAGGGGAAACAUAGGUAAUGCGAGAGUAUUGAAUCAAGAGACCGGAGACGAUCUUCUUCACAAGACAGGGAUGUCAAGUAAUGGAUAUGCUCUUACGGUAACCUUGUUUUCUGUAGCAUAUACCCUCUUCGAAGUACCCUCCAAUUGGGUUAUGAAACAUUAUGUAGCCCCCUCUAGGUGGCUAGCGAUACUGUUGGGUAGCUGGGGACUUUUGACUUUGGGGUUUGCUUUUGUUAGGAAUUAUGCCACGGUUUUAGCAUCGCGCUUGCUCAUCGGCGUGUUCGAGGCCGGCUUCUUCCCCGGUAUUGUUUACCUUAUAACAAUCUGGUAUCGACAUAAUGAGCGAGCUGUUAGGAUAGCUUUUGUCAUCGCCUUUUGCAACCUGGCUGGAGCAUUCGGGGGAGCCAUUGCCUACGGUAUGGGUACGAUAAAUGGCGCAGCUGGACUCGAGGGGUUUCGGUGGCUCUUCAUAGUUGAGGGCAUUAUUACUAUCUUAAGCGUGCUGCCGACACUGCUGCUCCUACCAGACUACCCAGCCCGUGCCAAUUUUCUCAGCGCGGAGGAGAAGAGCUUAGCGGAAGAUCGCCUAAAAGAUCGAGGCGGCGGGUGGAAUAGAGAGCAUGCUACGCGGAAGGAGAUCUUGGAGACGUUUUUCAGCCCACGGAUGCUGGCUCACUACCUUGCCUAUGUGGCUAACGUAGUGACCCAAGGCUCAUUUACAUUUUUCGCCCCAACUAUUGUGUCUGGCCUGGGAUAUCAGAGUAUUCAUGCCCAGCUAAUGACAGUCCCGCCAUGGGUUGUCGGGUUCGCGGUAGCCAUCGCGCUUUCUUACUCAGCUGAUCGGUUUGAAGCCCGUGGCUUACAUAUCACCGUGAUUUCAAUAAUCGGCGGCUUAGGUUGGCUCAUAGCUGGAUUGCUACCGCCGACUGCAUACGUAAAACGAUACGGCUGCCUCUGCAUGGCAGCAGCUGGAGCCUUCCCGGCGGCGCCGUCGAUGACGAACUGGGUAACAUGCAACACCCCGAGCUUGCUGACGAUCCCAUUCGCAAUCGCCCUACAUAACUCAUGUGCUGGAAUAGGUCAGAUUAUCUCACAGUGGAUAUGGAAAGUAGACGAAGCAAAGCUGGGGUACCCUACCGGGAAUUUCGUAUGCGCAGCGUGUAACUUUCUCGUGGCGAUAAUAGCGCUUUGCUUAAGAUUGUACUAUUCGAGAAUGAAUAGGAAAGGGGUGAAAGAUGCACGGGGGGAGACGAGAGUCUGGGCUUACUAG